UGUGGGGACCAAAUUUGGGAGGAUGUCCUUGGCCUUCCCUCUGGGCUGGAGGCAAAUCCCCUGCCUGUCCUUCUUCCUUCCUGCCCCAGGCCCCGAGCUGAGGACGGAGAGCACGGAGGACAAAUCCCCCGGCAGAGCCUGGUGGGAGAGGCUGUUUUGAAGGGCUCCCUGGUGCAGGAAGGCAGCGGGGAGGAAAAGACCCGGAGAUGCCCCCAGAGGAGGGGCUGCAAAGCCAGCCCAGGGAGCUCUGAGGAGGAAAGACCUGUCCUGUGCCGGGAAGGCACCUGGAGCUUGAGCUGGAGCUCGGAGCUGUUGGUCCCUGAGCAGCCUCCCAGCAGGGAGAAGCCCUUCAGGUGCUUGGAAUGUGGGAAGAGCUUCAGGGAGAGCUCCCACCUUCUCAGCCACCAGCUCAUCCACACUGGGGAACGGCCCUACACGUGUGGGGAAUGUGGGAAGAGCUUCACCCAGAACUCCACCCUGAUCCAACACAAGCACAUCCACACUGGGGAACGACCCUACACAUGUAGGGAAUGUGGGAAGAGCUUCAGGAAGAGGUCCAAGCUCCUCAGCCACCAGCACAUCCACACUGGGGAACGGCCCUACACGUGUGGGGAAUGUGGGCAGAGCUUCAGGCAGAGCUACACCCUGAUCCAACACCAGCACAUCCACACUGGGGAACGGCCCUACACGUGUGGGGAAUGUGGGAAGAGCUUCAAGCAGAGACCUGCCCUGACCCAACACCAGCACAUCCACACCGGGGAACGGCCUUACAGGUGUGCGGAAUGUGGGAAGAGCUUCACCCAGAGCUCCACUCUGAUGCGACACCAGCGCAGCCACACUGGGGAACGACCCUACACAUGUGGGGAAUGUGGGAAGAGCUUCAGGGACAGCUCCAGGCUCCUCGCCCACCUGCGCAUCCACACUGGGGAACGACCCUACAUGUGUAGGGAAUGUGGGAAGCGCUUCUCCAAGAGCUCCAACCUCUACAGCCACCGGCGCAUCCACUCCGAGGAACGACCCUACACGUGUAGGGAAUGUGGAAAGAGCUUCAAGCAGAAACGUGCCCUGACCCAACACCAGCUUUUCCACACUAAGGAACGGCCCUACACAUGUGGAGAAUGUGGGAAGAAGUUUCAGACCAGCUCAACUCUCCUCAGGCAUGAGCGGACACACACAGGGGAGAGGCCCUUCCGCUGCACCGACUGCGGGAAGGGCUUCACCCGGAACUCCACCCUCGUCACCCACCGGCGCAUCCACACCGGGGAGAGACCCUUUAAGUGUGGGGAGUGUGGGAAGAGCUUCACCUCAGAGUCUGACUUGACCAGACAUCAACGGACCCACCGGUAAGAGAAGCUCUACGAGUGCCUUGACUGUGGGAAGAGCUUUGGCCGCUGCUCCCACCCUGAAUGACCCCCCUGAUGGUGAGGCAACCCCUGGAGUCCAGUGACUGUCAGUCCAUCACUUUCUACCAGAAAGGGCCAGUCCCCUUUCCCAGGGGCAGGUUGUGCCAACAGAACCCUUCUUGGGGCUGUGUGGAGAUUCCUGCCUUGGCUGAGGACCCCCAAGGUCACUGCUGGAGGUUGAGAGCAGAGAUCUCCCCACGAGCAUUGGUCUGAGGGAGUUCCAUCCUUCUCUAAUUCAUAAUUCUUGCUUUGGUGCCAGCUUUAGUAGAAUUGCUUCAACAAUUGCUUUAGGGUAGAGCACUGUCCUAUCUUAUGCUGUACUACUGGUAGUUUUAGUGUUUCUAUUGUGCAGUAAAUAAUUCUGAUGAAGAUCUUUUGUCUAAUCACUUGUAACCCUAAAUAAUUCAUUUCUAUCAAUAGAUCUGAUUUGCCAUCAUUAAAACCUGGGAGACAAAAGUGGUUCAGUCCCACCUCUGUAAUUCCUCUAAACUGAACCUGUUGGCAUAACCUAAGGUUGAGAUUGGAUCCAGCAGCCCCAGCACUCCACAGUCAGUUGGAAGCUCAGGUGGGCUCCUCACUUUCCCAACUCCCCUCUACCCAAAGACCCUCAUGGGAGCUUUGGAUCCACCAGACCACUCCCCCCUUUUCACCCUUCUCCCUGUUCCUCCCAUGGAAUUUUCCAUGGUCCCCUGCUACAAUCUGCUAAAAUAUUGCAGAAAGAACUUCAGAUUUGAAUAUUCCCUUGAGCAAAAUUAAAACUCACACAAGUUACCUGUUGAUACCAAAACCUGAUUUUUAUUAAUUGCUAAGAGGUGCAAAGAGAAAGGAAAAAAUAAGAGAAGGUUGGAAACUGCUAAGAUUACUCCUAGAAGCAGAGAAAAGAUACCACUGAAAAUACCUUUACUCGCUGAGCUGGUGUGUGUGUGUGGGGAGAAGCAGUUUCUACCUUUUUUUUCUCUGUCCCUGCAGCUUUUGGAUGUUGUCUUUGUAGCUGCAGGGGGUCUGACAGCUUUAGUUCUCUGCAAUGCACCAUGUGUGGUUUCACCGCUCACGCCCCUGUCCCAGGCUGUGCAGGGUCUCUGCUCAGCCAAAGCUUUGGGCCCUCAGAAAUAUGGUCAGGGUAGAACUCCCACAUGUGGCACGGUGGUCUCAGCUCUCUCCAGGCCGGCACAGUUCCAGUCUCCGGUGGCAGGCAGGCAGCACGCGGUGGCGGAGAAAAGGUGAGGGGAGGUGGGCAGAGAUUCUCGGCUACAGUCACCAGUUCUCUCUCCCUUUCCUCUCCCUCAUUUUCCAAAAUUUGUCCUCAGUUUUUAUAGUGUUCACAGGAGGUUGAACGUGGUUUCUUGGCACGUAGCCAGUUCAGAUGUUGGAAGAAAUAUGAUAACCAUAAACAAUGGCAGGAUCUUUUGGCAGGAAAAGUGCCGUGGGAAGUCCUGGUGAGAACUACUGGCAGAGAACUGACAGAGAAUGUUUGGUAGGAAGUUUUUGACAGGCAGAAACAAUUGAGAAACAAUUUUCGGCAUUUCUGUAUUAUCUGUGUGUUACAGAUGGUUGCCAUGGUAGGCGACGUAACAGGGAAUGCAUAAUGGUUACCAUGGUAACCGACCAUAGUGAUGGGGAUGUAUGAUGGUUGCCAUGAUAACCGUCCAUAGGAAAUGGAAUGCAUAAUGGUUGCCAUGGUAACUGACCGUAGCAAUGGGAUAAUAUGAUGGUUUCCAUGGUAACCAGAGUAUCAAUAAGAAUUCAUAAUGGUUUGCAUGGAACUGAGGUAUCAAUGGGACUGCAUAAUGGUUGCCAUGGUAAUCGACUGUAACAAUGAGAAUACAUAAGAGUUGCCAUGGUAAGUGACAAAACAAUGGGAAUGCAGAAUGGUUGCCAUGGUAACCUAGAUACCAAUGGGAAUGCAUAAUGGUUGCCAUGGUAACCGCUUGUGACAAUGAGGAUGCCUAAUGGUUGCCACAGUAACUGAUGGAACAAUGAAAAUCCAUAAUGGUUGCCAUGAUAACUGCUUUUAAGAAUGAGAAUGCCUAAUGGUUGUCAUGGUAACCAGGAUAACAAUGAGAAUUCAUAAUAGUUGCCAUGGUAACCUAGGUAACAAUGGGAAUGCACAGUGGUUGCUAUGGUAACCGACAUAAUGAUUUGAAUGCAUAAUGAUCCCAUGGUUACUGAUGUAACAAUGCUGUGUAUAAUAGUUGCCGUGGUAAUCGACCUAAACAAUGAGACUGCAUAAUGGUGUCCGUGGUAACCGACAUAAUAAUGAGAAUGCAUAUUGGUUGCCAUGGUAACGACAUAAUAAUGAGAAUGCAUAAUGGUUGCCAUGGUAGUGACCGUAACAAUUCGAGUGCUUAAUGGUUGCCAUGGUAACUGAUGUCACAAUGAGAAUUCAUAAUGGUUGCCAUGGUAACUGAUGUAACCAUGAGAAUGCAUAAUUGUUUCCGUGGUAACCACUUUUAACAAUCAGAAUGCACAAUGGUUGCCAUGGUAACCAAAGCUAACAAUGAGACUGCGUAAUGGUUUCCAUAGUAACCGAGGUAACAAUGAAAAUGCAUAAUGGUUGCUAUGGUAACCUAGGUAGCAACUGGAAUGCACUAUGGUUGCCAUGGUAACCAACGUAGCAAUUUGAAUGCAUAAUGGUUGCUGACAUAAUGUUACUGACAUAGCAAUGCUAAUGUAUAAUGGUUGCCUUGGUAACUGACGUAAACAUUGAGAUUGCAUAAUGGUUGCCAUGGUAACCGAGGUAACAGUGGACAUGCAUGAUGGUUACCUUGGUAACUGACCAUAACAAUGAAACUGCAUAAUGGUUGCCAUGGUAACCAGUGUGAUAAUGAGAAUGCAUAAUGGUUUCCAUGGUGUAAGGGGGUACUUUUUAUUCAGAUGAUCAAUGGAGCACAGAGAGGUGACAAAGUGAUUAUAUUCGCAUGUGAAACCAGCCAGAGUGUUGUACAAGGUAACUUUAUUGCACAAGUUCACUGUAAGGCCCACUGUGCCUUUAGCAAAGUUAACUGGAUGUCCCCCAUUAUCAGAGCUGAGUUCCUCCUUGGCUUGGCUCCCCUCUGCAAGAGAGAUACAAAUCCCCUUGGAACACAACAGUACAGGUCGUCCAUAGGGCUGAGGAAAGUGAUGGAGAGGAAGAUGAUGUGGGCAGGGGUCGUUGGCCCCUUGCCCUACAGUGGGGCACGCCCAGACUGUUGCCAUGAGGUGAUGAACAGGUCCUGUUUGGCUGCCACUCAAGCACCACCUUCUGCUGCGUCCUGGCCCUACGCAGUGUAAUGUAGAGCUGAUGGAAUGGGGUGUCGGCACUGCUGGGGGGAGCGAUGCUCAUCCUUCCAUCCACACUGUGCUGCUCCACGGGGACACCCGCCAAGCACGGGCACCGACCAGCCCUGCAGAGCCUGGUAGGCCUGGCCUGUCUGUGCAGGUGAGCACCAAGGAAGCAAACAUUUUAUAUCCUUUUUUUUGUAUCCCUUUAAUUCCCUUUUUACUAGCGAAUGCUGUAAUAAAAGCUGUUUGUAGUAUUGUAUGCAUGGCAACUGAUAAUGUAGUGGGUUUGUAUUUUUCAACUUUUGAAUCUCUUUGCUAGUAGUUUUUUUUUUUUCUCACUGCAAUAAAAGUUUUUUGUAGUGUUUGA